AAUCCUCAACGUAGUCCUGCCUUUCAGUUUCACAGAUAGUCAAGUGCACCUUCUCCGAGUCGUUUCAAGCGCUGCCGCCGAGCGCGCCCCGCGCAACACUGUGUGCAAAACGAAACAAACAAACAACACCACGCGCUGCAGUGGAGUGGGAGGGCCGUUCGCCGAUUGGCGGCGUCGAGAAGGAAAACAACUUCUUGAACGCGCCACAAAAUAAAAUUCUACUAAAGAAUAGGAGUUUCAGCCUAACGGCGUCUGAAAUGACGCUGAUGUAGCGCCUGCAACCCAUUGUCCUUUCAGUUUAAGGUCCGCUGGAACUACCGUGGUCCCAAUGGCGCAGAAUAAUCCUGAAAUAAUCGAGGUUCCUACCCCGCAAUCUCGUCAAGUGAAAAGAAAGGGGAGUGAUGCUGACCUCCACCGUAAAAGAUUACGGACUGAUGACAGCAUGGACAUAGAGGUAGUUCCAAAGGAGAAUGAAGAAAAAUAUGCUACGAAAGAGGAGUUCAACAUAUGUAUGGAGAGGAUUUCAAAAAUUGAGUCAAGGUUGGCCAAAAUAGAGAAGACAUUUGAAAGCCUAAAAUCAGCAUUUCUGGGGCCAAACCAUCCAUCAAGAUCUGUGCCAUCUUCUGUAAGUUCAGCUCCAGGCCCCUCUCGGCCACCUCCCAAAUCAUCCAACAGCGCUUCCACUUCUGUUGCAAUGCCAGCUGAGGGGACACCCUCUUCUGCCACAAAUUCAUCAAAAGAAGCACCCCCCUCAGUAGCGCUGCCCGCCCCAACAACACACACUUCUCCUGCAAUGUCAGCCCAGCAGACACCCCUCUCUUCUGCCGUAAAAUCAGCCCAGCGGACUCCCCUAGCUUCUGCGGCAAGAUCAAUUCAAGGGACACCAAAUUCUUCUGUUUCAAAGUCAGCCCAAGUGACACCCAAUUCUUCUGUUUCAAAGUCAGCCCAAGUGACACCCAAUUCUUCUGUUUCAAAGUCAGCCCAAGUGACACCCAGUGCUUCUGCUUCAAAGUCAGCCCAAGUUACACCCAAUUCUUCUGCUUCAAAGUCAGCCCAAAUGACACUGAAUUCUUCUGCUUCAAAAUCAGCCCAUGUGUCCCCUAUCUCCUCUGCUUCAAAAUCAGCUCAAGGGACACCUGUUUCUUCUGCUGCAAAAACAGCCCAAGUGACUCCCAUAUCUUCUGCCGGAAUAUCAGCUCAAGUGACACCGAUUUCUUCUGCUGGAAAACCAGCCCAAGUGACAGUGACACCCAUUUCUUCUACCGCAAAAUCAGUCAUCCAGGUGACUCCUAUUUCUUCUGCCGGAAAAUCAGCCCAAGUGGCACCCAUUUCUUCUGCUUCAAAACCAACCCAAAGGACACCACCUUCUGGCACAAAAUCCUCCCAAGGAACAUCUAAUUCUGCUCAAAAGUCAUUCAUGGAGACAGCACCUUUGGGCAAGAAAUCAACCCAAGGGAUGCCCUCUAUGGGCAAUAAAUCUGUGCAAGGACCAUCCAUUGGUGUUCGUCAAGCCCCUUCUGCCACAAACUCAGCGCAAUCUGUGUCUUCCUCUGCAUCAAAUUUGAUGCACCGGCCUGUUGUAAAUUCGGUGCAGAGACAAAAUGUAGAAACUAUUGAUGACGAAGUAACAGUUAUACCAACUGAUGAUCCAGGAAUAACAACUGUCUCAAACAGUUCUAAUGCAAAUAUUCAGAUCUCUUCGCGCUCUUCAGUAAGUGGUAACACUAGUGCUAAAACUACCAAUGCAAAAGACCAACGUAACAUUGGGCUGCCAAGGAUUAACGUCAUUCCUCAAAACGAAUUAUUAGCUGUUCAUUCAGACCAACCCACUUCUGAGAGAAAUCCGCAUUCAUACAACCAACAGAGGGCUGGAUCUCUGGCAGCAUCCAAUGUUGCUCCACAUCCAAGGUCGCAACAGCUCGCAAGCACUAGUUCAUCAUCAACCUCUGUAAGAGCUCAAACUUCGUCACAUGAAGCAGCACAGAAUAACAUUAAUGAAUCAUGGGCAAGUUCUAGUGCCUCUGACAUGAAUGACAUGCCAGAAGAGGUAUUCUGUCACAUUCGUCCAAAGCAAGAAAUAUAUGACAACCCAGAGAGUAGUACAAUAGAAACUUCAACUAACAGACAGUUGGUGGCAUACACAGAUGGAGAUUGCAGGAAAAAGAAGAAUCAUGAUGUCUAUGCAGCUGUUUGCGGUUACAGUUUGAAUGGGACCAAAAUUUACUGCGUUCCCUACAUCAGCGAUCUUCGACAUCCAUUCACACAAACUAUGCCUGCUGUCAGAGCUAACAGGAAAAUGGUAGAACUAGUCAAGCAACAAACAGAAGUUAUGGCAGCUUAUCUAGUCAUCACAAAUUUGGGAGGAUCUGGUAAUGAUAGAUUAAAAGUUGUUUCACGUUGUCAGAGGCUAGUUCAGAUUAUGAAAGGGUCUCUUGAUGUGUACCCAGCGUUUAACACUUGCCAAUGUGACCGAUUCCCAUGCAACCACCCACAGAGGUGGGAAACUUUAGAUACCUUUGCUCAUUUGCUCUCUGAUGAUUUACCCCGCCUUGUUUUGGCUACCAAGGGUGCCAGUGUCAAUGUUGAAUGGUGCAACUAUACACCAUUUGAUCAAGAAGAGAAAAAAAUCACCGAGUCCCUCAAAAAAGAAUUCAAGAAAAAAAUAUCUGAGCUCUUGAGCAGAACUACUCGCCGAAAUGCAAUGCUAAUGUGAACUCAAAGAUUUAUUUAAGGUGAGACACAUGCAGUCAAAUGUAUUUUAACAGUCUUUAUGUAACUUAAGCUGCCUCAUAUUCCUAUGCCAUCUUUACUGAUAUCGCAAAGUAUUUUAUGGUAUGUUAAAGGACUUUAAAAUUUUAUAAUUUUAAA